ACACAGAUCUGGCAACCCUGAAGCGCCUGUGUAAUGUUUUCUUGAGGUAACUUCAUGCGGAGCUUCACUUUCACACUGUACUGUCAACAGACAAGGAAGUCCCGCGUUUUUAGCCGUCAACUUAUUAACAUCAACUUAUUCUUUCAAACGAGCGAGUACUGGAAGGACAUGACCAGGAUUAUUAAAGGAUGAGCUUAAACCAUGUUCCCAGCUUUUAUUUAAAAAGAUGACCCAAAAUUUUUAAAAAACACUGUAUCAAGUCACCCUUGGCUUUAAAGUUUUUCACCCUCAUCUGACUGGAUUACACACCUCGUCUGUUUAAUGGUUCCGCCACUGAAUUUCAGCACGAGAUGGUAUGCGGGGAUUUUGAACAUUUGAUAAAGACUCCACAGAAAUGUCGGAGUCAAAGCAAGUGGCAUGCGAUGGUGGACUUCCUCGGUUCAUGAUUGGCUGUGAGAACGAUGAGAGCAAAGAACUAGAUGUUAUAGACAUGAGAGACAUCUCAAGGUCUUAUGGGGAGGAUGAAGACGAGGAUCAGUCAAUGGAGCCUCAGAUAGUGGUGGGGAUCUGCUCCAUGAUGAAGAAAUCUAACUCCAAACCAAUGACUGAAAUCCUGGAGAGACUCUGUAAAUUUGAGUACAUAACCGUAGUGAUUUUUUCUGAGGAGGUUAUUCUCAAUGAACCAGUGGAGAAGUGGCCGCUGUGUGAUUGCCUCAUUUCUUUCCAUUCCAAAGGAUUUCCCCUUGACAAAGCAGUGAGUUAUGCCAAACUACGAAACCCCCUCCUCAUCAAUGACCUCAACAUGCAGUAUUUUAUUCAGGACAGGAGGCAAGUGUACAGGAUUCUUCAGGAGGAGGGCAUCGACCUUCCACGCUAUGCAGUGUUGAACCGGGACCCUGACAGACCAGAGGAGUGUAACUUAGUCGAGAGUGAGGACCACGUUGAAGUGAAUGGGGAAAUAUUUCACAAACCCUUUGUGGAAAAGCCUGUGUGUGCCGAAGACCACAAUGUGUACAUCUAUUAUCCAACAUCAGCUGGUGGAGGCAGUCAACGCCUGUUUAGAAAGAUCGGCAGUCGGAGUAGUGUGUACUCUCCUGAAAGCACCGUUCGAAAGACUGGCUCGUAUAUUUAUGAGGAAUUCAUGCCCACAGAUGGAACGGAUGUAAAGGUUUACACAGUAGGACCUGAUUAUGCCCACGCAGAGGCCCGUAAGUCUCCCGCUCUAGAUGGAAAAGUGGAGCGCGAUAGUGAAGGAAAAGAGAUUCGGUAUCCUGUGAUGCUUACCGCGAUGGAAAAACUUGUGGCCAGAAAAGUGUGUCUUGCAUUUAAGCAAACAGUUUGUGGUUUUGAUCUCCUUCGAGCAAACGGGCAUUCGUUCGUUUGUGACGUCAAUGGUUUCAGCUUUGUAAAGAACUCCAUGAAAUACUAUGACGAUUGUGCCAAAGUUUUGGGGAACAUGGUGAUGCGAGAGCUGGCUCCUCAGUUCCACAUUCCCUGGUCUAUCCCUAUGGAAGCAGAGGACAUCCCAAUUGUCCCGACUACCUCAGGAACCAUGAUGGAACUCCGUUGUGUUAUUGCUGUAAUUCGGCAUGGUGAUCGGACGCCCAAACAGAAGAUGAAGAUGGAGGUUCGAAAUGCCUUGUUUUUUGAUCUGUUUGAAAAGUAUGGCGGCUAUAAGACUGGAAAACUCAAACUAAAGAAACCAAAACAACUCCAGGAAGUGCUGGACAUUGCCCGUCAGCUGCUGGCAGAACUCGUCCAGCACAACGACUGCGAGAUUGAAGAAAAGAAAUCCAAACUCGAGCAACUAAAGACCGUUCUGGAGAUGGAAUCCAGCCUGAACCAUAAUCAGUAUGGCCAUUUUUCAGGGAUCAACAGGAAGGUACAGCUGACCUACCUGGCAAACAGGCAACCCAAAGCAUCCAGUGGGGAAGAAGACUCUCAGAAAGAGGGUCCAUCCUUGCUCCUGGUUUUAAAGUGGGGAGGAGAGCUGACACCAGCAGGUAGAGUUCAGGCUGAGGAGCUUGGACGAGCCUUCCGUUGCAUGUACCCUGGUGGACAAGGAGACUAUGCUGGAUUCCCUGGCUGUGGCCUUCUGCGUUUACACAGCACUUACCGACACGACCUCAAAAUUUACGCUUCCGAUGAGGGUCGAGUGCAAAUGACUGCUGCAGCAUUCGCUAAGGGUCUGUUAGCACUGGAAGGGGAGUUGACUCCAAUCCUCGUUCAGAUGGUCAAGAGCGCCAACAUGAACGGACUGCUGGACAGUGACAGCGAUUCCCUCACCGACUGCCAGCAGAGAGUCAAAGCUCGAUUACACGAGAUCAUGCAGAAGAACAGAGACUUCAGUGAGGAAGACUACCAUAAGCUGGCUCCAACCGGCAGCCCGUCUCUGGUGAACUCCAUGGAGGUGAUUGUUAAUCCGGUCAGCAUUUGUGACCAGGUUUACACCCUGAUUCAGAGUCUCACUUCUCAAAUCUGCAAAAGGCUGGAAGACCCCAAAUCUGCAAACCUGCAGCUGUACCACAGUGAGACUCUAGAGCUCAUGCUUCAACGGUGGUCCAAACUGGAGCGAGACUUCCGCAUGAAAAACGGCCGCUAUGACAUCAGCAAGAUCCCGGACAUCUACGACUGCGUAAAGUACGACACCCAGCACAACAGCUCUCUGGGGUUAGAGGACAUGUUGGAGCUCUUCCGCCUCUCGAGAGCUCUCGCCAACAUCAUCAUCCCUCAGGAGUAUGGAUUAACUAAAGCCGAAAAGCUCGACAUUGCUAGUGCCUACUGCCUGCCUCUGAUGAAAAAGAUUCAACUGGAUCUUCAAAGGACACAUGAAGAUGAAGCCGUCAACAAGCUCCACCCACUGUGGUUCAGGUACUCGCGAGGAGUGAUGUCACCGGGUCGGCAUGUUCGGACCCGGCUUUAUUUCACCAGUGAGAGCCAUGUGCACUCCUUGCUCAAUAUCUUCCGCUAUGGGGGUCUGUUGGACGAGCUGAAAGAUGAACAGUGGAAACAGGCUAUGGACUACCUCAGUGCUGUAACUGAACUCAACUAUAUGACACAGAUUGUUAUAAUGCUGUACGAGGAUAAUAACAAGGACCCUUCCUCAGAGGAACGCUUCCAUGUAGAGUUACACUUCAGUCCCGGGGUAAAGGGGUGCAAGGAUGAAGAUAAUGCUCCAAUGGGUUUUGGGUUUCGCCCUGCCUCCUCUGAGAACCAUGAGAAACAAACAAACCCAGGCAGUCUUGAGGACCUUUCCCAAGAUGAACCCGACAGGGCUGUGGUGUCGGAACCAAUAAGCAUUCAAAGGAAGUCGCCACUAAUCCGCAAUCGCAAGGCUGGAUCUAUGGAGGUUCUUUCAGAGAGCAACACAUCUUCCCGCGGAGCCGCCUUUCGUAUCUUCCCAUCGACUUCUCGCCAGUCCCCUGAGAUCAAACCCAGCGGGCUAGGCGCCCAGUGUGCAGGGCUUUUCAGCGCCUCCUUCCCCAACCUGAGAGAUCUUUCACGAGCUCCCCGCAAAAAGACCGCCUCUCACAGGAGUCUGUCUUCUCGAGGUGCAAAACAGAUCAAUCCCAUCGUAAACCAUGAGCAUUUGGUUUGGCCAAAUGUCCAGCCUGAGCUGCUGUCUAUGCCGGCAGUAAAGCGGUUUUCUGUGUCGUAUGCCAGGCAUCCGACUAACGGGUUUGAAGGUUGCUCUAUGGUGCCCUCUAUCUAUCCACUGGAGACACUGCACAACUCGCUGUCUCUGAAGCAAGUAGACGAAUUCCUCACAGGAGUGUGUAAAAAUGGGAGCGAGACACAAUUCAAGAGGCUGAAAUCUCUGUCUGCCAUGUUUGAAUCACACGCCGAGCCCUCCAUAGAUGUUGAAAGUCCGGAGACUCCUGUAUCCACACCGGUACAGUCAAGCCAACCACCUGACCGACCUCUCUGGUACAGCAGUGGUCCCGACAGCACGGUAUCCAGUGCCGGACCAUCAUCGCCAUCUGUAACUGAGCCCUCGUCAAACUCCGGAUUCAACAGCGAGUAGACGUCAUGGUUACCGUAUAUUUUUUCGCACUGAUCCUAUUUCAGUUUUGCAUUCUUUGCCUAUAGGACGGAGGUGAUCUUGGAUCACCAUUAAUGAGUUAUCUGCUGCAAAUAGGCUGCUACUGACUACAGAGGCACUUUAGCUGAAGUUUAACUCUCGCUCUGUCAGCAAAUAGAGCCGUGAAACCAGUUAUUAGCUCUUCUGCUGUAUUUAUGUACCCUGCUGGAGUCGGAUAGUAAUUAUGAUUGUAGAUUCAGUGGCAGAGAGACAGCGGCAUUUUGGAUAAUAGUAAUUGUCUUGGUAUUUUUGUAUUAUUGUUAUCCGACACCAAUGCAUUGCACACAGUAAUGCAAGUCGAAGUAAAGCCAAAAGGUGCAUAUAGAGAUUUAAGAGCAAAUGAAACAAUGUAUAAUGAUUAAGGUCCCAAUGAUUUAAAGUGCCAGUUGAUACAGUGUGAUAUUUAAGUGCAAUUUAAUUAUGCCACUAUCCUUUUAGUUUAUGUUUUACAAUUUUUUACAUUUUAUAGAGGUUUGAUUUUGAUCAUUUGAUUUUUUUUCUUGAUGCACUAUAUUUUGAGCUUUAAAUACAAUUUUAUUUUAAAUAUUGUACUUAAUACUGCAAAAGGUGGGAUUAAAUAAAUGUGCCUUAAUUUUAUGAGCUCCAGUAGUCUCUAUCAAGAAUGUUUUCAACUGUAUACAAUCUGCUGUUUAUGUCUAUUGUUUACUGUGUUACUAAGUUUAAAAAGAAUAUUUAAUUUUAGUGAAUCCUUCUAUUACAUAAUAAAAUAUCUGAUGUUUUAAUUUG